AUGGCGACCUCCGGCCCAAACCCGCUUCCACCCACGACCGUCCUCUCCUCCAAACCCAUCUCCCAAUCCGCCGCUCACGACUUCCUCGCUGCUUACCUCGACCGCGCUGCGACCGACCCGGCUCUGCAGCCCAAUGCGAUCAUCUCGGAGCAUGGUCCCGUCUCGCGCACCACUGCCAGCGCGCCCAAUCUCAUCCUGCACAAUCUGAAGCGUGUCCAGGCCGGACUCGCCGGUGAGGUGCUGGGUCGCGACUUGACCCUGCCAACUGGUGCACAGCCGCAACAGGAACAAAACCAGCAAGGUGCAGACGGUGAUGCCACUGCUGCUGGUGGCGACUGGGAGGAUCGACAGAAGUGGGAGUUGACGAACGGGGAGCAGCAGCAGCAGCAGCAGGAUGAGACCGCUGGAGACUUCGCCCACCCCGGUGAAGAGAUGCAGGUCGAUGAGGAUGGUAUGCCAGUGAAGAAGAAGAAGAUUGACAAGGAAGAGCGCAAGCGCAAGAAGAAGGAACGUCGGCAGGCGGAGAAGAGGGCCAAGGCGAAGAAAGGGACUGACGCUGAUGAGGCCGCUGAGGCUAGCGAGUGA